AAAAAGAAAAAUAGUCCACUACUACAAAAACAUAUUUUAACAAAACUUAACAAUUUUCUGCAAAAAAAUUGAUAGAAAACAAUGUAUUUUCCUACAUUAUUAAUCACCAUUAAACCUACUACCAACAAAACUAUCCAAAAAUAAUCCAAAAACCCACUCAAAGACCCAAUUUAUAAAACUUUUCCAACUGAGUGCCAGAUUUUUACUACCAAGAUAACAAGUGACAAGUCAAGAAAAAAAAAAAAACGAAAAAAACUGGGUAAAAUAUUAAAAUUUUUAUUAAAAUUCCUUUUUAACGUCCUUGGUUGGGAAGAUACAAAAGCUAUUUAGAAAUUAAAUUGCAAAAAUCCAAAACACUCCGAAAAAAUCAUUCAACAAAAAAUGCACCAAAACCUCCUGUGGCAAUUCCAACAUUAAAAUCAAUAAAAAAAAACAAACACAAAAAAACCUAAUUAAUCUCAUUAAGACCACCCCAACCAGAAUCACCCUCCUCGGCGGCCUCCACUUUUGGUGGCCCCGUUAAUUUCAACAACGACAAUCCACACCGCCACCGCGACAGCCAACAAAGUAGCUGUAAAGAUUGUCCACACCAGCGACAAUUCCAAAAAGAUUCUCACAAUCGUGACAUGCCGACGUCGUCGGAAAUCGUUAAGAUUUAGCAAACUCUCGAAAAUGAACAAGAUUCUGCUGCUAUUAAUAAUAGCAAGUGGUUUUCUCGUCAUAUUCUAUGCUAAUUCUGAAUUCUUUAGUCGCAAAUCUUUGUUUGCUCUCUUCCAAGGUAACAACAACGCCGCCUCCGUUGACAAUAAGUCAAAUGAUGGCAAAUAUAAUGACAUUAGUCAAGUGGCUGCCGGUGGUGGUGGUCCGGCAGCUGCUCAACCUCUUAUCCAACAUCGCAGUAAUAAUAGUAACUCGUAUUCAAAUUCAAAUCGAGUUAAAUACAUUAGUUGGCGCCAAAACGAAACCUCGCUCUAUCAUCAUCCGCAUCAGCAUGGAGCGGCUGCUUCUUUGAUGCUCGAACAUCACAUAUUUGUGAUUUACACGAAAGAGAAUUAUCAGCUGCAGCAAAAGUUCGAACUUUUUGCUCGCUCGCUGCUCAAAUUCGCCACUAUUAAAUUACAUCUCCACAUUAUCACAGAUUCGAAAAGCGAAUCAUCUGCCGAGGAGAUCUUGAAGCAACAACUUCGACACUAUAAAAAGUCGAUGUAUUACACGCUUUAUGAUGUACAUGAGUGUGCAGAGCGAAUUACCGAUAUUGUUCAAGCAAUGAUGCCGUUUUUUAGCUCGAAUCCGAGUUCAUAUUACAGCGAUGCUUUAUUCUAUCUAUCGCUUGGCUUACAUCGAUUAGCUGAGCCGCAUAUAGAGCGAGCGAUAUUGAUUGAUUGUGAUGUGGUCUUCCGAGCGGAUGUGCGUCUACUAUUCGAUGAAUUCGAGCGUUUCUCUCCAGAGAAUCUGUUUGGAUUGUCACCAGAAUUGACGCCAGUUUAUCGACAUAUCCUCUAUCGCUAUCGUGCCAAUUAUCCAAAUACGAAUUUUGGUAGCUCGUAUUAUCCGAGUUCGGCGGCAUUGGGAGCACCAAGUCUAUCCGGAGGCAAUAAACAUAAACACAACAAGCAUAUCAAACAUGGUUAUCCAGGAUUGAAUUCUGGUGUUGUGAUGCUGCAUUUGAGGAAGAUUAGAUUAUCUCAACUUUAUCAGGAGAAUUUGAAGGAGGUGAAUGUACGUAAGAUGGCUAAUAAAUAUUCGUUUAAAGGUCAUUUGGGAGAUCAAGACUUUUAUACGUUGCUUGGAUAUGAGUUUCCGAGUCUUAUAUAUCGGCUGGAUUGUGUUUGGAAUCGACAGCUGUGUACGUGGUGGAAGGAUCAUGGUUAUAGUGAAGUAUUCGAUACGUAUUUUCAUUGUGAGGGUAAGAUACGAUUGUACCAUGGUAAUUGUAAUACAAGAGUGCCCGAGUAGAGAUGGAAAAUAAUAAUUAAGUUGUGAUCAAAUUUAAAUAGUAGAUGAUGAUGAUGAUGAUUAUAAUGAUGAUGAUGGAUUCUUGGUCAUAGUAAAAAGGAUCGGAUAGUCUUUUUCUUUUUGAUAUUUCUGUGUAUAAUCGAAUGUUGAGUAUAAUAAUCUUAGUGUUUCUUCUUUUAUAUUUGUUUAAAAGCUUGCAUUUAAUUAAUAUUCGGUGCAAUUGGUAAUUGGUGGAAAUAAAGAAAAUAAAGAGCACUUUAAUUUUUGUUGUUGUUCUAAGUCAAAAUCCCUAGGCCUUAGUUUCAUCUGAGUUACAAAAAUUUUUUGGCACAUUUGUAUACUUUUUUGAUAUGCUUUUUUUUUCAAUUUUUUUUUGUUUAUCUCUACAUAUAGAACCUUAUUUUCGUUUGGAAGUCAUUUUGUUAAAUCACUUUAUUUUGGUUCAUAUACAAUUUAUUUUAAUUUUGGGACAUACACUAAGCUUCUGUAACUCUGUCCAUACCGUAAUCCUAAGUGUAGUGAUAGAUAACAUUUGACGCAGUUAGUAAAAUAUAAAAUCCAAGACGACCGAGAUGAAAAUGAAUUCGGGUCUGUCUUAUUCGAAAACCAAAUUUACCUGAACAAGGUUUCUAUCACAAUCUUAAACAAUGCUUCAAGUAUAAUUUCUUUAAAACGGGACGGAAUGACUAUAAGUUGUACUUUGGUAGCUCUUAAAUUGAUCUCUCUCACAUUCAUGACACUGCGAGGCGGAUAAUUUCACAGAAGGCCCAUAAACCUAGAUAAUUAUUAUCACCUAGAUAAAUUUUUAAAUACAUAACGCUGCUUUGAAAUUAUAUUACUUUUUGGAAGAAUUAUUUUACACAACGCUCA